AUGUCGAAAAAUCAGUUACGCAAGUUGAAACGUCAGAAGCUGUGGGAAGAAAAGAAGGCCGAUCGCAAAGACAAGCGCAAGGAGAAGCGACACAACCAGCAAGACCGCAGGCGGCAGGAAAAGGAGGCCGAGAUUGCCCAGGCUGCUGCAGAAGGUCGCGAACCCGUGUUCCACAAGAAAGAGCGAAGUCGGGAUCCCAAGAACAAGACCCAGGUUCCAGUGUCCAUCAUCAUUGACUGCCAAUACGAGGACUACAUGUUCGAGAAGGAGCAGAUAUCGCUGUCCAGCCAAGUCACGCGCUCAUACUCUGACAAUCGAACUGCACAGCAUCCCGUCCACCUCUGUGUCAGCUCAUUCGGUGGGAAACUGAAGCAACGGUUCGACACUACUCUAGUCGGUCAAUACCAAAAAUGGAAGGGUAUCACCUUCGCUGAAGAUGACUUCCCUGAACUGGAAGCAGACGAUGUGGACAAGUCAAUCGUCUACUUGACGGCGGAUUCCCCCUACGUCUUGGAUCGCCUAGAACCCAACACGAACUACGUGAUAGGCGGCAUUAUAGAUCGCAACCGACAUAAAGGCUUAUGUUACAAGGUUGCUAGGGAAAGAAACGUUCGGACGGCCAAAUUGCCUAUCGGCGAGUACAUGGUGCUCCAAGACCGACACGUCCUUGCCACAAACCAUGUUGUGGAAAUCAUGCUGCGCUGGCUGGAACUUGGCGACUGGGGUGAAGCAUUCAUGAAAGUCAUCCCUCAACGAAAAGGCGGCAAGCUGAAGGACGACGCUGACGGUUCAGAAGUAGCGCAUGAAGACGAAGAACAACAAAUGGAGGAAGCAGCGAGCCCAUUCGAGGACACUGCGAAAGAGUCAGUAGAGCCAUGA